AUGGAGCGGCUUCUGUGCUUCGUCUGGGUCGCGCUCUGGAGCGGCGGUGGCGCCUGGAUGCGCGGGGCGCAAGCCAAGACAGUCCAUGGCGGCUUCUCCAGCGCCGCGGCCCGCGCCAGGGCCGGCCAGGUGGUGGCUCGGUUCCAGUUCCGAGAUCCUCUUCUCUGCCGACGAUGACACGUGCCUUUGCAGGAAGAUGACACGUGUCUUUGCAACAGGAGCCACAAGUGUCUUGCAGGAGGAGGUGGAGGCCAAAAUUUUGGAGCUUUUCCUCCCUGCCACAUCUUGGACCCAACCAUCAAGUACGGGUGAUUGUGCUCUUCUGUAUGUCAGAAUCAACAACGUGGCAACUGCUGUUGGAAAAGAAGCAAAGCUUCAUCUCUUUCAAGCUCAGGAAUGGCUAAAGCUUCAAGAAAGUCAACAGGAUUAUAGCUGUAAAGAAAAACUGGCUAAAGCUCAGCUGAUAAUGAACAUGAACUGCACCGAACAAAAUAUAACGGUAUCCCAGGUCCCUUAUCCAGACACGUGGUAUGUAUUUUAUGUCGACAAGUUUACCUGUGCGGAGACAUAUGAAGACUCUGAAUCUGAGGAUGUUCAAUUUGAAAUGGUGCUACUAAAUCCAGAUGCAGAACGGAAUCCAUUAGAUCACUUUAGUGCAGGGGAAUCAGGCUUACAUGAGUUCUUCUUCCUACUUGUCCUGGGUUAUUUUGUUGCUGCCUGCAUUUAUGCUCAGUCCUUGUGGCAAACAAUUAAGAAAGGGGGACCUAUGCACACGGUGCUCAAAGUGCUCUCUGUAGUUUUGCUCCUGCAAGCAGCUUCAGCUCUUGCAAACUAUCUGCAUUUUUCAAGUUAUUCAAAAAAUGGAGUAGGAUUGCCUUUUAUGGGGAGCCUUGCAGAAUUGUGUGACAUAAUCUCUCAGGUGCAGAUGUUGUACCUGCUACUGAGUCUUUGCAUGGGAUGGGCAAUUGGUAGAAUGAAGAAAUCUCAGAGCAAACCUCUCCAGUGGGAUUCCAGUCCAGCAUCCACUGCCAUUGCCAUAACCGCUGUUGUGACACAGAGCAUUCUGCUUAUUUGGGAGCAGCUGGAAGAUACCAAUCACCAUAGUUACCAUUCACACCAAAGUUUAGCCGGUGCACUUCUCCUCGGGUUAAGAAUUUGUCUAGCUAUGUUGUUAGGAUGUGGACUUUACCAGAUUAUCCGAAUUGAGAGGAGUACUCUAAAGAGAGAAUUCUAUAUUACUUUCACAAAGGGAUGUAUUCUGUGGUUUUUAUGUCAUCCAACUCUUGUGACUAUAUCUCUAAUGUUUAGAGAUUAUCAGCGAGAAAAGAUUAUUACCAUGGGUGUCAUUCUCUGCCAGCUGUUUUCCAUGGUCCUUCUAUACCGGCUCUUUGUUUCCCAUAGUCUUUACUGGGAAGUGUCCUCUCUCUCUUCAGUGACAUUGCCUCUAACAGUAGCAUCUGGACAUAAAAGUCGGCAUCACUUCUGAGAUCCCUUCGGAGAUUUCUUGGCAAUGGUUCAAUAAAGAUUUGGAAAUGGAGCAGCUAUAUUCAGCAGUAACUCAGCUCAAGAAUAGCUGAAUAAUUAGAAGACGGCAUUAUGCUCUCGCUGGAUGACAACCAAUGCAGAAGUGAUUGGAAUUUAUCAGAAAUAGUGAUGAGCAAACUUUUCUUCUUCUUCUUCUUCUUUUUUUUUUUUUUUUUUUGCUAUUUGGAUAAAGACUACGUGAUUUUAGCCACGUUUUCACUUCCAACUUGCCUCAUUUGCAUUAAAAUUGAAAUUUCGAUAAUGAUAAAUUUAAACUAAUUGGAUGGAAGAGUUCAGCAGUUCAGAUCAUAUAUAUCUUGUUUAAGGUGGCUUUGAGACAAAAAAACUGAUGCCGAAGUUUAAUAGGACUUAAACUGUAAUAGGUCCAUAAAAAUGGUGUAUAAUGUUUACAGUGAACAAUAGUUCUCAUUAUCACUUUCUUGCCUUGAGGCUUGGAUGUAGUUCAGUUUUUAGCUUGAUUGCCAGUUGUGGUUUAAUUCUGUGUUUGACAUUUUACAAGAGCAGAAGGGUGAUUAACUAACUCUUUAAGUUGAAAAAAAAAACCCCACCGCCGCAUGGUUGUAAAAGGAGAGGGUUUAUGCCUCCUAAACUGAGGAGAGAGAAAAAAUGAAAUGUGUUGAUGCAGUACUACAGUUUUAAUCCUGAGAGAAUUCGGUGAGGAUUCAGUCAUAAUUAAGCCAUAGCUGCAGAUUAAAUUAAUAGAAGUAUUUCAAAUGUUAGUUUCAGUCAUCAACUACCCAUCAAUUCCUGCCCAAGGAUACUUAAUCAGGAUUAAAUUUUCUCUGAAUAAUUGAAAAACAAAAUGCUCAUUGGAUUUGCUGUAAUUCAAGUUGGCAUUUGUGUUCUGAGCGGUUGCCAUUUUUCCAGCCAUUGUAACAGAGCAACACUUGUCAGUGGUACAUUUAGUAAAUGCAGACUUUAAUUGAAGUGCCUAUUUAUUGCUCCAAAUUAAAAUCCUACGAACAGUA